AUGGACAAAUCCAAGUGUAUGGUACUAAAAAACGACAAAUUCGGAAGAUACCUAGCAGCAUCACGAGACCUCAAACAAGGCGAAACCAUAUUCACCGAAACGCCCGCCAUAAUCGGACCUCCUCUAAUCGGCAAUUUGAUCUGCUUCGAUUGCGGAAAACCCAUCGAAGAGUCUUUCGUAUUUUGCACCAGCUGCAAAAUCGCCAUCAAAUGCAGCAGCGAUUGCACCGGAGAACACCACAAUCGAAGCGAAUGCUCCGCUUUAACAACCGCAGGAAUCCCAGGGAAAUGCCUAGCGGCAAAUCCCCGAUUAAUAUACCCGCUGAGAUUUAUGCUGCUGAAAAAAUCCAACCCGGACUUGUGGAAAACCCUCGUGGAACUCGAGUCUCACAUCGAAGCCCGACGCGACACUCCUAUAUGGAAAAACCACCAAGUUUCCAUCAUAGAUACUUUAAAGAGCGUUGGUUUUAUAAACGAAGAGUUCACCGAAGAGCUGGUGCAAAAAAUUUGCGGUAUAAUCGAUGUAAACAGCUUCGAAAUCAGACCGCCGAAGAGCAACUUCAAUUUAACCGAUCCCCAUCAACAGUGUCCCAGAGGUUUAUACAUCAACGCAGCCCUAAUGGCUCACGAUUGCACAUCCAACACUUUUCUAUCGGUAAACGACGACUUCGUAUUAACCGUAAAAGCCAGCACAAACAUCGCCAAAAACUCCCCAAUUUUCUUCAAUUACUCCAACGUUUUGCACGGCACUCUCGAUCGAAAGCGACACUUGAAAGAAGGCAAGUACUUCGAUUGUUGCUGCGAAAGGUGCUCGGAUCCCAGCGAAUUGGGCACCGACAUCAGCUCGUUGAAGUGCCACAAAUGCAAUGGAACCGUUCGAUCGACUGCACCGAACCGUCCCGGAUCCGAUUGGGAAUGCUCCGAGUGCAAGAAACAAUUCAAACGAUCGCUAAUCGACAUCGUAAUCAACGAAGGCAGAAGAUUGAUCGAGGAAAUCGAUCGAAACGAUGUAAAUAAGCUGGUUAAAGUGCUCGAUAAAUUAUCCGCCACGUUUCAUCCCAAUCAUUUCGUUUUGUUGGAAACAGAACAAAAUUUGAUCGGAUUGUAUUCGCUACUUCCUUCAAACGAAACCAAUUUAACCAACAAGAUCGAUUUGUGCAGGAAACAAUUACAAAUCCUCGACGUAAUCGAACCGGGAUUAUCCAGAAUCAAAGGUAUGAUAAUGUAUCAAAUGCAAUUCGCUAUGGUGCAAUUAGCGAACGAAACUCACAAAAAAACCCCGGAAAAAUUGUUAAUUAAAUUGAGAGACGCCGAGAAGUGUCUGAUGGAGAGUUUGAAGCACCUUCUACACGAGCCCCUCAAGAGCCCCGAAGGGAAAGUGGCCCAGAUGGCUAUGAAAGAACUGAAAUCAUUGCGAUCGUUUAUUGAAAACCUCCACAACGAUCUCGUCACUAAACAACUCGCCGAAACGCGUGUGAAAAAUCGAAAAGUUAAAAAAUAA